AUGGCAGAAUCCAAACAAGAGCCCAUCGUUACCGAACGAUUGAUCCUCCGCCAAAUUCAACCUUCCGACUCCGAAGCCGUCUUCGCAUUUACGUCUCUUCCUUCUGUGAUGAGCUACACUUCUCGCAAGCCUCAUACCGAAGUCCAUCAAGUGACCACCUACCUUGCCGAACGCACCUCAGGCCCCAACAUCUACAACUUCUCCGUCUGUCUCAAAGACUCCACCAACACAGUCAUCGGUCUCCUGGGUAGUCCUUCAUACCCAGAGAUUGGCUAUAUCUUCUCACCCGCAUAUGCAGGGCAAGGAUAUGCCACUGAAGCUCUGCUUGCUUUUACCCCAGCAUUGUUUGCUGUGAUGCCUGUGGAACAGACUCUUGCAGAAGCUCAUGUGGACACGGAGAACGUGGCUAGUUUGAAAUUGCUGGAGAGAUGUGGGUGGCAGAGGGGAGAGGUGGAGGAGAGGGCUUACACGAGUCCGCUUCUUGGACUCAGAGAUAGUGUGUGCUACAAGAUUGCUAGGGAGGGGUAUGAACUAGAGGACAUGACGAAGAAGGAAGAGGAAGAGGCAUUCGUGCCGGAUCUGCGAUGA